UUUACAAGAGAGACUCUGCCAAAAUUUUGGUAGAAAGUCUCGGUUUUUAGUAAGUGGGCCUGACAUCAGGGUGAUGUCGGAAUUAAGACGAAAUUUGUCCCGGUUUCCGAGGAAUUCUGGAGCAGGUCCUGUCAUAUCUGUUUUUUGCUUUAUAUAUAUAGAUUAUAAUAUGCGUGAAGAGCCUUAUAAAUGAUUUUUUUUUUAAUUUUUUUUUUUUUUAAAAGGGUGCAAACUGUAGAGAGGUUAGGGGGGUAAGUCUGCUAGUACAUGGGAUCUGACUUUCUUUUGGUCAAACUUCGCAGCCCACCAAAAAUAUUGAGCUCAAUCACAAAUUCAUAUAUGCACCUCUCCGUCUCUGUGUCGCAUUGAGCAGAAUUUUAAAGAGGAAAAGAAGAAAGACACUUUCUUUUUCUCUGUAAAGGAAAAAAAAAAUGGCGCUCUCGCGGCUUCGACACCCAGUGAUCUCUCGCGCGCCCUCUCUCUUGAGAGCUCGCCUUCUCUCCUCAGCCACCAGAUCACUCACUCGAUUGGAAUGAUGAGCAUUAUGAGAUUUGGGGAUUGGCGGGGCGGUGAUUCCUGGUGGGAAAGAUGUGGGGUUGGGAUGGUGAGCCAUGCUACUUCCCUUAAUGGACCAAAAGUCAGCUUCUGUCAGUUUUGUCAUUUAGAAGCAACACAGCAAAUGCUGGAUCUAUUUGACAUUCUGGGAAUUGCCAAUUUUGGCAUUGCUGGAAAUGCCAACAAUUCCUUGUCUAUUGGUGAUGUGACCUUUCCUCAACACUUUUCUCACACUGGCAUUUGGGAUUGGCUGGAAGGCCAACACUAUUCGGCCGCUGUUUUGGGCAAAUACUACUCGGCAGUGGCUUCAGGUUGCUGCCAACUUGAAGGGAUCUAACUGAACCAAUGUUUGAAUUCAAGUGUGUGUGUGCCACAGAAGCCGCAGUUAGUUGUUGGUCUUAGGGGCUCAACAGCCAAUAUUUUUGUGGACAAUGCUGCUUACAGGGAUUUCCUUUUUCAAACUUUUUGAGUUUCAUCCGUGGACAUGGAAAGUUCAGCUGCAGUAAUGACAAGCUUGUCAAAUGGCUUCCCAGUAAUCGUCAUUCGAGGGCUAUCUGAUCUUGCAGGAGGACAAUCAGGACAUAAAUCAAUUGACACCUUUGGGUCUCUUGCAGCUAUAAACGCUUGCAAAGUUGUUGUACAAUUUAUCAAGCAACUGCAUCUUGAUACUAGGGAACCUGGCUUCCCAAGAUCUAUAUACCCCUAAAUCUAAAGGAAAAUAUAAUUGCAUGUGGUGAGAUGUAAGUACUUAUAAGGAGAAAGAACCAUCUUUUGUUAUUGUAAAUGCUUAUAGCAUAAUACAAAAAUAAUUGAUACAUCAA